AUGGCUCAAGGCUUCCCCAACAGCUUCAACGUCGACUCAGGCAACUCCAACAGCCCCUACGCCGCAGAGGCAUGGAUCGAGCCCUGGCUGCUCAAGCACUCCACAUUCUACCGCAAGCACCUCACUCGCGAUGGCCGUCAAGAGUCGAAGUCGUCCCGUCGUGCCAGCAUUAUUGAUGCAGAGAUUCAAUCGAGAAAGAACUCGGUAGCUGCUACGGAGAGGAACGAUAGUGAGGACAGCACUGCCGCUGGUGCUUACAGCACAAUGGCUGACAUCAAGGAACCCGAGAGGAUUAUCAAGACGGAUCUGUGGCAGUUUGGUGCUCGACAGCGAACAGACGGACCGUAUGCUGACAACCUGGACAUAGAUGUCUUAAUCGUCGGCGCAGGCUUUGGUGGCGCAUAUGUAUUAUACGAGAUGCGUAAGGCCGGGUACUCGACAGUUCUGUACGAUGCAGGAACGAGCUUCGGCGGUACGUGGCGUUGGAACGUCUACCCCGGCGCUCGUGUUGACAGCCCCGUUCCGAUUUACGAGCUGGCCAUUCCGGAGGUGUACAACACUUGGCACUGGACCACUAACUACCCUGAUUGGCGCGAACUGCAGGCCUACUUUGACCACGUCGACAAGACUCUCGAGCUGAGCAAAGACUGCGCCUUCAAGUCGGUCGUCACGAGCGCGGAAUUCGAUGAGUCCGACGGCAAAUGGAAUGUUGUGACGGCGGAUGGCCGUAAAGCCAAAGCUCGUUUCCUCGUCGUUGCGGCGGGCUUCGCAGCAAAACGAUACAUUCCGGGUUUCGAGUCCAUGGACAAGUUCAGAGGCACUAUGUGUCACUCUUCCUUCUGGCCCAACGAAGGUAUUGACUACAAAGGGAAGCGCGUGGCUGUGAUUGGAACCGGCGCAAGCGGUGUACAGAUGAUUCAGGCGAUGGGUCCGGAAGCUACGCAGCUCGAUGUAUACCAACGGACACCAAAUCUUGCGCUGCCGAUGGGCAAGCGCGACUUGACCAAGGAAGAGCAGGAUGCCCUGAAGCCUUACUACCCGGAGAUCCUGGCAUACAGAGAGAGGUGUUUCGCUGGUUUCCACUAUGAUCUGUGUGAGCGGAACACGUUUGACGACACGCCAGAAGAGCGCCAAGCUCACUUUGACAAGCUUUGGAAGCAGGCUGGCUUCGCGCUUUGGCUUGGCGGGUACAAAGAUUACCUCUUCGACGACAAAGCCAACGACGAAGCAUACAAGUACUGGCGCAAGUGCCAGUCUCCGCGUGUCAAGAACCCUGACAAAGCCCGCAUCCUCUUUCCCGAGAAGAAGCCUCAUCCUUUCGGCGUGAAACGACCCUGCCUUGAGCAGAGUUACUACGAGGUUCUGGACCGAGACAACGUUGGUCUUAUCGACAUCAACGAGAAGUCAGGCACGCCUAUCGUCGGAUUCACCGAGAAGGGCAUCAAGACGUCCGAUGGCAAGGAGCGGGAAUACGACAUCAUUGCGCUCGCAACCGGCUUCGAUGUCGUGACCGGCGGCAUGACUUCCAUGGGCCUGAAGAGCAUCCAUGGUACCCUCCUCAAGGAUGAGUGGAAAGAAGGCGCGCAGACCUACCUCGGAACCACCAUCAGCGGCUACCCCAAUAUGUUCCACCUGUACGGUCCCCACGGCCCAACUCUCCUCGCCAACGGUCCAUCAGCCGUCGAAAUUCAGGGCCGCUGGAUCCGAGACGCAAUCAACUUUGCGACGAGGCAGAAGCUGAAGUACAUUAAUCCCAGCAAAGAGGCUAGUGACGAGUGGAAGAAGAGGAUCAAUGACCUGGGGAACUUGACGCUGUUCCCCACGACGAGGUCAACAUACAUGGGCGGCACAGUCCCGGGCAAGAAGAACGAGAUGACUUGCUAUGCGGGUGGGGUGAAUGCAUAUAAGGAUGAGAUCAGGGGCAAGUUGACGGACUGGGUGGGCUUUGAGGUUGUUGCGAAUUGA